AUUUUCAUAGCGGACACAGCUGAUGAGAUCAUCGCCUCAUCUCGCCCGCUCUUUGUAUGCAACGCGACGGCCUUGGCUCGGCGUGGUGUCGGCGCGCUUUGUCGUUCGGCGCUUGUUGUGACCGCGACGACGCAACCAUGACAACGACCGGCGACUGACGACGCGAGGAAUCGGCGGCGUCGACUUCGGGCGCGCACGAACGCAUCGCGUCUUUGACAGCAGCUAGGCCUAGCACAGCAGCACGGCCAGUCCAAGCUCCGUAGCGUCGCGGACAACGACCACGGCGCGUCUUCUAGCGAUGGCAUCGAGUUCGCUCAGCCAGGAGGACGUCGACCACGACCUCGAGGUGCAGUGCUCACGCCGUUCGCGCAUACGGACGGCGCGCGCGGUGACGCGCACGGCCGCUCCGCUCGCGGUUCGGGACCUGUCGGCGCCCGACUGCGAACUCGGCUCGCUGGCGCUCGAGUGCGACCACGACGCCUCGCCCAAGCCACGGGCCAAGGACAAGCGGUGCCCGCGGCCAAACCACGCCAACAAGUGCAAGGCCCAGCGCGAACGCCGAAAGCUUCGCGAGAAACGACGCAGCACCGGAGUGGUCCACCUGCAGUCCACCGAGAGUACGGGCGGCAGCACGGGUGAAGAGGAAGAGCUGCUGAACAUGUCGGCCGAGACACGCCGCAACACGACCCUGAACGAGGUGCUGCACCAGCAGCAAGACGGGCCUUCCAUCUCCUCUUCGGCUCUGCCACCUGGUGGGGGAGGAGGCACCACCAUGGCCGGGACAGGGGCCUUCCAGGAGUCGAGGCCAUUUGGCAGGCCAUGCAAGUGCCGAAACAACAAAAGCCCGUCGGACUUGGAUGCCGACGAUGAGGACAACCAGGAGUACGACAGUGCUGUGACCCAAUCGGACGGAGGAAACCUGAGCUCCCAGGGUAGUGCUCAGCCUCCUCUGCUGCCGUCUUCCUCCAUAGUGCGAGGUGUGGCCGACUGGGAAGACUCCACUGGAGGCAACAGGGAGUCCCUGCACCGGGCACUUGGGGUCAAGUGGCAACCACAGUACCAGUCUCCAGAUUCAUACGACUCGGGUAGCAACGCGCGCGUCUAG